AUGGUCCUUCAGUACGCCGACAAUGGCGAAUCGCAGCCUCUGCUGGCCGACGUCCCCAAGGGCGCCAUCACCAACCGCUCCAAAUCGAAGAAACUCAUGAUGCUGCUCAUAUGCGGGAUUAUCGUGUUGGCCGUAGACUUUGGCAACAACAUGGCGAUCGCGCCGCAGACUGCCAUCUUCGAACAGAUUAUCUGCCGCAACCAUGGGGCCCGUUCGAGUAGUGGAGCGGGAGCUCCAUCUAACGGUCCCUCUAACGGUGAUCCAUGCAAGUCGGAGGCCGUGCAGGGUGAGCUGGCGCUGGUGCUGGGGUACAAGGAUAUGUUUGAGGUGCUUCCCGGUAUCCUGUUGUCGCUGCCGUAUGGUGUAUUGGCAGAUCACUGGGGGCGCAAGCCCGUGGUUUAUCUGGGAAUGGCGGGGAUGCUGCUUGGAGAGGUGUGGGUCCGGUUGGUGGCGCUGUGGGCAAAUGUACUGCCCCUUCGGCUGGUCUGGUUGACCGGGCUGUUCAGAGUCAUUGGUGGCGGUGACAAGGUGAUCGUCUCCAUUGUGCUGGUAAUGGUUGCUGAUAUCUUUUCCGAAGAAGAAAGGUCAACAGCUCUCUUCAGCCUCCAGUCCUGUAUCAUCCUCUCCGAUAUAGUGGGCGCUCCUAUCGGUGCCUGGCUGAUGCAACAUGACCUCUGGGUUCCCUACAUCCUGGGUGUGGUGAUUAUGAUUGUGGGAAGCACCCCGCUGUUGUUCCUCCAAGAAACCCUCGAAGAAGCCAAGGCAAGUAAAGCAAAAUCCCGACACGCACCAGGGACGGAUGCUGCCGACAUAUCUGAUGACUCGAGUGGACGAGUCGAACCAGCUGGCAAGCAACCAGCACUGCAAGAGCUUAUUCGCGAGGCCCGUGAAUUCAAAGAAUCCACCCGGUUCAUCUGGCAGAAUUGGAGCGUCUGCCUGGUGAUUCUGUGCAUGUUGGUGACGGAAAUCAGUCGGCAGUCCACCGGUGUGCUCCUGCAGUAUGCAUCGAAGAAGUUCAUUUGGACUAUUGCCCGAGCCAGCCUUCUAGUCUCGUUACGCGGGGUCUUCUCUCUCGCCAACUAUCUCAUCAUCAUGCCAGUUGUGUCCUUCCUCGCAGCCAACUAUCUCAACCUGCACGGUAAACAUCGCGACCAUCGCCUGAGCCAGGGAAGCGGACUAGUCUCCGUCAUCGGCUUCAUGGCGAUUGGACUCGCACCCGUCCCGGCGCUGUUGAUUUGCGGACUGGUCAUUCUUUCCCUGGGCUCUGCGUUCGACAUCACUCUACGCAGUCUAGCGACCGGUCUUGUCCCUCCAGACCUUGUUGGCACGCUUUACUCGGCGAUUGCAAUCUCUCAGUCGCUGGGCGUUCUUAUUGCGGGCCCAUUAUUUGCCUACCUCUUCCGAGCCGGCCUACAUUUUGGCGGUACUUGGAUGGGACUGCCCUUCUUGCAGGCCGGGCUCUUCUAUGCCAUUGCCACCAUCGCUGUGGGGUACAUUCGAGUCCCUCCAGCCGCGCCAGACGACAGCGAUGGAGAAGAGCCAUUGUUCUCAUAA